GUCAACGAUGUAAUUUCCCUUUAAAUGUCAUGCACUCCUUCGCACAAAUGGUGGCAGAAGAAAACAAUCAUAUAGAGACAAGAAAACCAAAAUGGACGACCUGAGGCCGACUCCCCCCAACUCCACCCCUCUCACCCCAUUAGGCUUCUUAGACAGAGCCGCCACCAUCUACGGCGACUGUACCUCCGUCGUUUACAAUUCCACCUCCUACACUUGGUCUCAAACCCACCGCCGCUGCCUCCAACUGGCUUCCUCCCUCUCUUCUGCCGGGAUCGGCCGUGGCCAUGUCGUCUCUGUUUUGGCCCCUAACGUCCCCGCCAUGUAUGAGCUCCAUUUUGCCGUCCCCAUGACUGGUGCCAUCCUCAACAACAUCAAUAUCCGUCUCGAUGCCCGUACCAUCUCUAUACUCCUGCGCCACAGCGAAUCAAAUCUCCUCUUCGUGGACAUCCUCUCGAGCUCUCUGAUCUUGGAAGCCAUAUCUCUGCUUCCUCCUGAGGUAAAGCCACCUGCGCUUGUCCUCAUCACGGACGAUGAUAUCUCUCUUUCAUCAUCACCGUCCAUCCUCGAUCAUUUCCAAGAUACUUACGAGGGAAUGGUGAGGAAAGGUGAUCCUGGAUUCAUGUGGGUCAGGCCUAAAAGUGAGUGGGAUCCAGUUGUACUGAAUUACACGUCGGGAACGACGUCGUCUCCGAAGGGGGUGGUUCAUUGCCACCGUGGUAUCUUCAUCAACGUGGUAAAUUCUUUAAUUGAUUGGUCUGUACAAAAGCAACCGACCUACUUGUGGACCCUACCAAUGUUUCACUCUAAUGGCUGGAGCUUUCCAUGGGGCAUGGCGGCAGUCGGUGGGACAAACAUAUGUGUCCGAAAAUUUGACGGAUCGACAAUAUACGGCUUGAUCAAGACCCAUGGAGUCACUCACAUGUGUGCUGCACCUGUGGUGCUGAACAUGCUGUCAAACUCACCCCACGCUUAUCGACUCAAAAGCCCAGUCCAUGUCCUCACCGCCGGAGCUCCACCGCCAGCGUCCAUCCUCUUUAAAACGGAGUCACUAGGGUUUUCAGUGACCCACGGUUAUGGACUGACAGAAACGGGAGGGAACGUGGUGUUCUGCGCGUGGAAACAACAAUGGAAUCGGUUUCCGGCGACGGAACAAGCAAGGCUUAAAUCAAGGCAAGGAGUGAGGACCCUCGGGAUGACGGAGGUGGACGUGGUGGAUCCCGAGUCUGGUCUCAGCGUGAAACGAGACGGGUCGUCACUCGGUGAGAUCGUGAUGAGAGGUGGGUGCAUAAUGCUUGGGUACCUAAAGGACCCGCAAAACACAAGCAGGUGUAUGAGAGAAAACGGAUGGUUCUACACCGGAGACGUGGGCGUGAUGCAUCCAGACGGUUAUUUAGAAAUCAAGGAUCGGUCAAAGGACGUCAUAAUAAGCGGUGGAGAGAACCUGAGCAGCGUGGAGGUGGAGUCGGUGCUCUAUAGCAACCCCGCCGUGAACGAAGCGGCUGUGGUGGCUAGGCCGGACGAGUUCUGGGGGGAGAGCCCGUGUGCGUUUGUGAGUUUAAGAGGUGAUCUGAGGCAGAAACCAAGUGAGAAGGAGAUAAUAGAGUACUGCAGGGCGAGGCUGCCACACUUCAUGGUGCCGAAAACGGUGGUGUUUAAGAAAGAGCUGCCGAAAACAUCAACGGGUAAGAUCCAGAAGUAUGCGCUGAGGGAAAUUGCAAAGAGCUUGGGUUCUUCGAAAGCCAUCCCAAGCCGUAUGUAACUAAAAGUACUGGCUAGGCCGACUAUGUUAAUGCUUGAAUUGAUUAGACACUACGAGUCAGCCAAUUAAAAGUAAUUUUUAGUAUAUUUUUAUAUAUUUGCAAGUUGUAUCGAAACUUAUUCGAAUUAAUCAUAAUUUACUUAAUUAAGUUGUGCAAGUAUA